GUUUUUUGAUUACGUAACUAAUUUUUAAUUCGGAAUAAGUUUCAAUCAGUUUUAUCAUAGAAAAUAUAAUAUUUCAAGUAAAAUAUUAUACAUAAAACAAAUGUAGUUAUAAUUAAUGUUAUAAUUUUGACAUAAUUAUAAUUAAUAUUUUUAAUUUGUAAUCUAUUACUGUGCAUAAAUUUAAUAUUUAUAAAAAAAAUGAGUGAUUAUACUGUAUCAUUAGAUCCUGAAACAGAAAUGUUUUGUACAUUAUAUUUAUUUGAAAAUGUCCAAAAUUCUAAUGAAAUACGUAGGAAAGUUAUGAAUAAUGAACUUUCUUGCUCUAUUAUAAAAGCAUCACUUGUAGUAGAUUCUUUCCAAGUAAUAACAGCUGCUAAUAAAACUGCAAUUAGUGCAAAGAUGAAUCAGAUUACUACAAAAAAUAUAUAUACUGAAGUAUUAUUUAAUUUAUCAACCUCAAAAAAUAUAUCACGUGCAUUAAUAGAAUUUGGAAUCAGUGAUGAUGAUAAAAAUAUACUAAUAAUGUUAAUAUAUAAAGAAAAUGAUAAAAAAUUAAUAUCAAAAACAAUAAUGGAUAUUGUAAAAGGACAAAAUAUAUCAAUUUCAAGAUUAUCUGAGUUUACAGACUUUGAUUUAAUAAAGAAAAUAUAUAAAAUUGAAGAAGAUGAAUUAAAUGUUUCUAAUUUUAUUAAUUCUAUUGUUUCUAGAAUUAGUUGUAAAGAUUUUAUGUCAUUGAAAUAAAAAUUUUUCAUAAAAUUA